AUGCUCAUUUAUUUUCUAUUAUUCCUGUUACACCUUAUUCUUGUCUAUGCUGGCCAAAUUCCUGUUCACCCAAUAUUUUCACCAUGCAAUUUUCCAUCGCCAAUCAAAGAUCCCACAGUGGUAAGUCUUGGAAUUCUUAAAUUAGAUCUGAAAAUUCUAUAGAUAACAAAAUUUCAUAAAUAUUUUCAAUUUUUUGAUGAAAAAGGUUUCCUUGACUCGUCGUCCUGAACAACAAGAAAAAAAAUGAAAUAAUUUAUUUUUGCUGUUGACAAAAGAAGCGAAAAAUGUAAUUUGGCGCAAGCAAAAAAGGCAAAAAAUGUGCCCGUCGAAUUACCUUUUUCUCCUUUUUUUCGAACAACAAAAAAGAGCAAAAUCUCAUUUGUGACAUAACAUAACAAAAGGAAAAUUACGUUUUUUCCCCUUUUCUUUCUUUUUUCCCCCCAUAUUUUUCGGCUAUCCGUAAAAAAAGUGCAUUUUCACCUCUUUUGCAGGCAGAUUUAUGUAUGUAUUCCAAUGGAGCUACCCCGGAAAAGUGAUUAUAUUUUUCCGCAUAGUUAGGUUCUUACUGUAGCUAGUUUUGAGCAAAAUAAUCAGGAAGUUGGGAAAAAAGUUGGAAGACUAAAACAAGAAAAAAGUUUUUAUUAUGAGUAGUUUUUGGGAAGAGAGACAAAAAACCAAUUUUGACAAAAGUUUAUUGCUUUUUUCGGCGAAAAUGCAUGACUCAAAAGUUACGACGGGUUUAUGUGAGAUAGGAUUACUGUAGUUGGGGACCAGAGAUGCUCUAAGAAGAGCCCAGAAGCCUACUGAACAUCCAACUAGAAACAAAUUCUGACGUGGCACUUUUUUUUUCAUUUUUUCUAGACCAAAAACCUUUUUCCUAGUGACCAACAUGUUUGUUUUUGCUGAAACAACUUGCCCCGAAGACAAAUUUUUUCGUUUUCCAAGUAUCUAAUGAUGAUUUCAUCCCAUUGGGGAUUAGUUUCUGUCCAAAAAAGUUUGGGUUGUCUAUUUUUUCGAAGAGGAUUAUUUCGAGAUUUACUUGAUGGAUGUUUUGGAAAGGGCUUCAAUGGGUGGUCGAUUUUGGAAAUUAUGAAAAAUCGUGUGUAUUUUUCUAGUUUAUACAUACAUAAAUCCAUGAAUAAUAAAUUUCUUGUCUCGGAAUAAACAAGGAAACAGCGCGAGCGCAACGAAUUGAAUAUUUAUAAACUCUGUCCGUGUCACCUCCUCCUGACUUUUGUGCGUUGCUGAAAAAACGCGCGGCGAAACCACUACUACUACUAAUAUUCACAACAAUUUUUUCAUGCAUAUACAUAUGAAGAGGAGCACAAAAAAAACGGAGAGCACUCCACUCAAACAUAAAAUUCGGAGAAGCAUGAAUACAUAUGAGAAGAGAAGGACUCAUCUUUUAAAGAUUCAUCAAAACAAGCAAAAAAAACAAUACAUUUAUGGAUAUUUUUUUCAAAGUGUUUAUUUUUUUUUUUUGAUGGGAAAAUUUGGAACAUUUUGGAUAGGAGGUCUUUUGAUAGUACUGUAGAUUUAGUUUUUUGAUCGGAAAUUUGACAAUCCUUGAAUUUUAAAGAAAAAUUUAGAGGAUUUUUUCCAACGAGAAUUGAAUUAAAAACACGUCUAUUUACGUUUUACCCAAAUUUUUAAAAACAUUUUUUUAAUUUCAAGAAAAAUUUUUUUCCGCUGGUAAAAAACUGACGAGGAAAGGGUGUGACCCGGAGGUUUUCAAUAAGACACACAUGUUUCUGUACAGUUUUUCACGCUGAGAAAAAUCCUGUUUUCAGUUUUUGCUGAACAACUCUCUAAACAGCCCCAGAAUUACCUAAAAGUGGAGACUUUUUGAAAUUUUGUGGUUUUAAGAGCACAUAACUCAUGUUAGAGAUGAAUUUUAUGAAAUCACGUGGUUCAGGAGGGUCGAUUUACCAAAGUCACAAAUUUUUGGUCAGUAAAUUCAUACUUUUUCUGAAAAAAAUUGUGUGGUUCACAUUCAGAAAAUAGGUACAUUUGAAAUUUUUUUUCAAAACUUUUGAUUUUGGUAAAACAACCCAUCUGAAAAUCACCCUGCACUCUAUUUUAAAUUAAAAAAUAUUUUCUAACAUGAGUUACAGGCUCUCAAAAGCGCGAGAUUUUCAGAAAAUUCUUAACUUUUGGCUCAUUUCCGUUGAAUUUCAUAGAUUCUAUUUUAACCUACAAAAUAUUUGUGUCAAGUAUUCAGUACACAACAGUCUGUGAAAAUACCACGUCAAAAAAAUACUUUUCCUCUAAACCAUCUCAUUUCUGAAACUCAAUUCUUCAUCCAAUCCAUUUUCCAGCACAAAACAGUUUGCCAUACAAUACCCCGAUUGCCUUUCGUUUGUGAUUUACACCACCAACUAGCCUAUACCAAUACUCACGCAAUUGAAAAAGCAUACUCAAGGUAAUUUCAUUUCAUUUUCAUUUUUCCCCAAUCCUAUAAAAAAAGAAGAAUAAUUGUUCAGAUAUAAAUCAGUCUUCACUGAGGGCAAUACAUCCACAUUGGCUGUAAUUAUAGGUGAGCCAGAGAAAAAACACCACUUCAAUUCUUUUUUCAAAAAUUCCAGGGAAGUAGAGUAGAGUACCAGCAAAAAUUGAAUAAAACUAUAAUUAACUCAAUCACACCCGUUUUCGGCGAGAUAAGUAACAAACUCAAUUUGAGCGCACAUUUUUUGCUGCCUAAUGAGUUUUGUGUGGACUUUUCUAGUUGCGUUUUGAGGCUAGAUUUUUGAUUAAAGUGGAGUUGAGAGGAGAGGGACUUAUAGAAAUUUGGCAGAAAAAAAAACCCAAAUUGAAAUUACUGUAUAUGCCUUUGAAAUCAAGAUUUGAUGAUAAAAAAUAUGUUUUCUAGUAGAUUUUUACCCGCCGCUGAACCCAAUUCCAUUGUCAAAAGAUUGGAAAAGUUUGGGACUUUAGGAUGUUAUAACUAGAUUCUUAAGCUCCCAAAAUUUUUCAAAAAUUUCUAAUUUUUACACGGUAUGACUCAUAUUAGAAGUUGAGAUUUGCAGUUUUUUACAGAAGAAUCAUGAUUAGAAUUAAAAAUUUUGAUUACAGGCACGCCUGACGGGACGUGUCCAAAAAGCAUACUGUACAAAAAUUUUCAAGUAAAAAUUCCCGCCCAAACCAAAAUUUCGAUUCGGGCGGGAAGCUAAUAAAAUUUUUAAAAUUUUUUUUCAUUUCAUUGCACAUUUUUUUCACGAAAAAGUGAAGUGUUCAUUGAUUUUCAGAGGAUUUUGAUGAAAAUAUAAUUUUUAUUCUGAAAAAAAUUUAACGCUGCACACAAAUUUUGGGACACUCUCUCGCCAAGUGUGAUUACAGGUCAAGGUACUAUUCAAAAGUUAUCCUAAAUUUUGGUUGGACAUUUUUUGUACUUUUAAAAAUUGUGGAGUCCUGAAUUUUUGAAAAUUUUCAGAAUUCGAAAAAAUCUGAAACUUUUUUUGCAGUAAAACAACUCGAACAACCCGUUGAAGCAAAUGAUGUGAUGACCAAACGAGAAUACGCUUGCCUUUUCGAUACAACAUGUCAACAAAUUGAUGGUGAUGUGAUUACCGGAAUGGCUGGAAAUGUUCGAAUGUUUUUGAAAGUCAGUUUUCUCAAAAAUUCCAUAGAUAUUUUAUUUGUCUAAUUCAUCACUAAAAAAAAGACACACACGUUAAAAACAGGAACACAUUUUUAUCAAUAAUUCAUUAGAGUUUUUUUGCUCCUUGUUCAGAAUUAAUGAGAUGUUUGUUGUUUUCUUUUUGUGUGUGUAUGGAAAGGAGCAAAAAAAACGAAAGCGGAAAAAUAAUGUAAUAUAAUGAAAUAGUAAUAAUAAAUAAUCGGGAAAAAUAGGAACGGAAGACUGAACAAAACCCAUUAAGCAGACAGCAAAAUAGAGCGGGAAAAAUUGGGUGUUUUUUUGCAGAGCUUGUUGAUUUUGUACCAAAAGGAAAGGAUUUUGGUACGAGACUUGGCACAAUUAGAAAAAUAUUUUUGAUCUACCAGAAAAAUCUGGCGAAAUUAUACACUAAAAAUUUUAUGAGGCGGGAAAUUUUGAAUUUUUUCAAAAAUAGCUUUAUGUGAAUUUCUGCUCAGUUGAAACAUUGUGAAAAACCGUACUACUUUCUUAGAUCUUGAACUGUGUGAAUUGAACACUAAAAAAAAUAGAGACGAUUUCGAAUGGCCCCUGAAGCUUUCUAAAGCCUUCGAAUGGCUCCUAAAGCCUUCUGUAGCCCCUUGAAAAAGCUUUUCAGAAUCUGAAAUUUCAUGGUUUAAAAAUAAUUUUACAAUUUUCUCCGUGUGAAAAUAAAGAUUCCGAAAAUCUUUUAAUUUUAUUCAAACACCACAGAACUGAAAUUUUUCCAAAAUAUAUUUUCCUUCGCACAAAAAAAUUUUGCAGGUUUACGCAUGGAAAGUUUUUGAGCGAUGGUUUCGUCAUAGUCCACCAGAAGAAUGUGGGAAAGCAAAUUUACUCGCGGUAAUUUUCACCAAACUCUCCUCCAGACUCUCAUAAAUCUUUCCAUUUUCAGUUAUUGGUUCUUGAUGGCGUUGUAAAUGAUGCGCGAAAAAUUCCCUAUGUUCGAUUGCACGCUCCAACAAAAGAAUUCACUGACAACUUGUCAAAUAUUCAAGCUGAAGUCACAAAUGCAUUGUUACAAGGUAGGGUUGAAUAAAUUCCGAACUUUAUGUGCGUGUUCUGAUGUUCUUGUUCAGGUUGGCCAUUAGCAAAAAGUUGUGGAAGAUUUGGUCGAUGA